GAAAACAUGGCGUGCUUCUGAUCCACACAUGUGAGCUUGCAUACCAACUUCUGAACUGGAUAUUUAAAAGAAAAAGGUAUAAUUUGCUGGUGGAUGUUACAUUUUAAUAAACAUGUACAAUCGAGGAAAACGUUGGCACGUGUUGAAUGUUGUAUAUAUAUAUUUUUAACCGAUUGUCUGGUUUGUUUAGCUUGCAUGCUAAUGGACUGUAGCUUACUAGCUAACGUUAGCAAUGCUGCUGAUGUUUUGGAAUGUGCUAGUGGAUGUAACUAACUAGCAAGCCAUCAAGAUUCUAGCUAAAUAUUUUGUGAAGCAGAAGGUAAAUAAUACACCCGAUGUGCAUGUAACAAUGCCAAAGUGUUCACAAUCAAAAGCUUUAUCAUAGGUGUAUUAGAAAUAGUCGAUAUAUGAAACUGUGCCCUUGUCACCCCCUUUCUUCUCUGAUUGAUAACAUUCACUGUGUAAUUGGUCUCUGUAGACAUUUAAAUCAGUAAACUACCAUGGCAUCAACGGAGGAAGACUUCCCUCGUGGAGGGAAAGCCAAGCAGACCACUGAGAGUAAAGCUGAACCUGUGAGAAGGCAUACAGAAGUGGACAAUCUGUUCGAGGUAAAAAAAAAAAAAAAAGUGUAGCCGAUUGACACCCUGGACCAGAGCUAAGCUUAAAUGUGCAUCUCAAACAGUAUUCUGUCUGUCAGUAAAGAUACUAUUGUGGUUGACUUUUAAGACACAUGAACCAGAAGAAUCCAAGAAAAGGAAGGGACAGAAAGAGGAUACCUUGAAGAAAGCUAAGAGGCAAAAGACGAGCAAAGAGGAGGCUCUGAAGCUCAAUACAACAACCUCUGUAGAUAUCCUACAGUUAAAGGUAAGUUCAAUCAAUAACAUACUUUUUAACAUUUGAUAUUUCUCUGGCAUCUCCUUUCCUUUGCACACCCUUUGAAUGUGAUCUGAACCUGGGUCAUGUUCAUAAGGGCACACCGUAGCAAUAAAAAAAAAAAAAAAUUGGAUAAGUCCAGAGAGUCCCUCCCUGUUUCAGUUAAUUUUCUUCUGUUUGAUCACUAAUGAACACAAUCCUGUUUUUUUACCCCCAGAGCCUGAAGGUGGGUACCCUACUGCUGGGCUGUGUGAAGGAGGUGGCAGAUUUUGAGGUGACAAUUAACCUGCCCAGCGGCCUUUUGGGAUACCUGAACAUUUCCAAUAUCUCGGACUCGUACACCAAGACAUUGAGUGACCAACUGGACUCUGAAGAAGCAGAGGUAACACAUUUAAUGUAACUCCUACGAGGGGAUUGGGUCUGUCUUAUAUAGGUAAAAUACUAUGCAGUUGUUUUGACAUGUCUAAUAAGGCAGUUCUGAGGGCAUGUCUACACUUGACACAUAGAUGCUACUUCAGAAUACGAUAAUCAUUGGAAAGACAAGUCUAGGCGCACAAAAGUCGCAUUGAGGUCGCAUUGGGUUCAUAUAAGUCUGACCACCACAGAGACGCAUUGUGUGCAGAUUUCUCCUCAGUCUGGAUGCAAUCAGGCUACUGAAAGCGCAUACAGAGGGCGACGUCAUCAGCAUUCUAACGGCAAGUCUUUAGAAACUAGUUUUUUGGGAGCGAGAGAUACCUUUUCAUUAUCUCUUAGGACCGACUGACCCAUGUUCAACUGCUAGCUUGCUAGCUAGCUACAGAGGCUAGUUGACUAGUUACAGUAUUUUGCUACUGCCAUCAAGUUGGUGUGUUAUCAUCUUUUGCCUAUGCCACCGUUUGCAGAAUGCUUACUGGCGCAGGAAAGGGAAUCCGGACACAAUGUCGACACGGUAGACACAUUUAAUUUUAGUGUAGAGUAGAUUCAUGAUGUGUUCGGAAUUCCAUGAUCAAAACUCCUUGAUCAGAAUACAAAAACUGAAUUAACUGUAGUCUACACACGGCCUGAGAGGUCUCAUCUUCACAUUACAUGAUCUUUUGAAAAACGAUGUGCUCCGAGUUCAAAAAGCUUAUAUACAGCUUUAAUAAUUAAUUUUUUUGCUUGGUGCACCGGGGUCUCCCGACCUCACGGAGUUCAGAAAAAAAUACCUGAUACUGUACGAAUGAGGUGUGAACAACACACCCUAACUGAUCCACUUUGUUCUUUCUCUCCAGGAGAUCUUCUCUCUCCCCAGCCUCUUCUCCCCGGGCAUGCUGGUCAGGUGUGUGGUAGCCAGGUUGGACACUGCCAAAGGAGGAUCGGUCAGCAUUCAGCUGUCAAUCAAUCCCAAAGAGGUCAACAAGGGCUUGAGUACUAGCUCUCUGAAGGCUGGCUUGGUGAGUCAACACAUACUGUAUACGUGAUAUAGUACAAAUUAAAAACAGGCACUCCUCUUCAGUGAUGAUACGAUGACGAGUCGGAACGGGGCACAGUCUGUCUCGGGGGUCACUGAGUCAGGGUCACGUUCUGUGUCUCUGGGUUCAGUUCCCCAGAGCGGUGUGUCUCUUCAGUUGAAGACAUAGAGGCAUUUGUCUGAGAAGAGCUAAAUAUGGAAAGCAAAGAAAAGUUGUGAUAUCCUGUAUAUGAUUUGAGGUAAUGUUUUAGGCUUAGACUGAUGUGUCAUGUUUUUGUUUCAGAUCCUGAGUGGUUGUGUGGAGAGUAUUGAGGAUCACGGCUACCUGGUUGACCUCGGCAUCAAGGGAACCAAGGCCUUCCUGCCAAAGCAGGCAGCCAAAGACAAAACCAAUAGUCCCAAAGGUAUCUAAAGAGUCUCCUUUCACAUAAAAUAUAAUACACAUUCUAUUCCAUGUCAUGCUGUCAGUUUCUCCAGAAGUCUUGAUAAAUUUUUUCAAUGUACUCAGUAGACGUAAAAAGUUAUUGUUAUUAACUGCGUUGAUUGUGACUUUGCUGGGUCAUGUUCAUUGUGGCUCGCAAUGGAAAACAUUUUAAAAUGUUUUGCAACGGAAAAUGAAAAUGAGAAUUUCUUAUGGGACAAGUCCCGGUAGCCCCUUUCUGUUUUUUCCCCAUUUGGUGCCUAAUGAACACAACAACCCUGGCGUUGCAGAGCUGAAGGUGGGCCAAUACGUGACUUCUCUGUUGGAGGAGGUGAAGAACGAUGGGCGUGUGGUCCGUCUGUCCGUCAGCCCCACGGCGGUGGCUCAGACUGUUGCCGACACAGAGCACGGCUGGACCCUUACCAACCUGCUGCCUGGCCUACUGGUCAAAGCCCAGAUCAAAAAGGUACAAUGAUUUAAAACUCUUACAUUCUAACAACAAUCUUUAUACAUAUUACCUGGUCAAAGCAUAGAGAUGUGUUGGCUUAUACCUAUAAUUAUAAAUGAACAAUUACACAGUUUCGUGGCUUAGUAUUGUUGGCAAAUGUCUCUUGUUGCUUGACGUAUAAACUUUUUGUAAUAUUUAUAGCAACUAGAGAACUUGCCAUUUAGUAUAUCUGAGAUCUCUUUUUUUAGGUCAAUAAUAUGUUAAUGUCCUGUUUCAUUGUGGUUGACCCUGUGGUUCUAGGUGACCCUACAUGGUCUGAUCCUGGAGUUCCUCUCCUCCUUCAUCGGCCUGGUGGACUUUAUGCACCUGGAACCAGAACAGGCCUCCACAUUCAACGAGGGAGACAAUGUAAGAAUUUACAGUCUAUUAGGCUACUGUCAAUCAGUCUGUCACACAGUUAGAUGAGACAGAAUGGUAUAGAAUGUGUCAGAAUUUGCAUCAUAUGAAAGAGUUUCUCAACAGUAAUCGUACAUGCACAUCUGCAAGAGUUGUACAUAUUUCUACCUCAAAUAACAAAACAAAAACAAGUAAUUCAUGAGGAUUUCAUACUGCCGAAUUAUGACUGUAAUCUAGUUCAGAUGUUACAUUCAGCUGACCUUUGACCUCUUACCCCUUUCUCUCUCCCAGGUAAAGGCCUGUGUCCUUUAUGUGGAGCCAUCCACCCGGCUGGUGGGCCUUUCCCUGCGCAGCCACUUGCUGCAGCCAGGGGGCGACGUGGAGCUGGUGGCCACUGAGAGGAUAGGGGAAGUGGCACAUGGCUGCAAGAUGACCGCUCUCCAUCACCUGUCUGGAGCCAUGCUGGAACUGCCUGACCAGACUGUGGUGUUUGUACAUGUGAGUCCAUGUUAGUAGACCAUACUUAUGUUGUGUCUUGUGAGUUUAAGUACCAACUCGGGUCUUCGUACAUGUUAGUUCCUAUUGUUGGUGGACCAUAUUGGUGGUGUACCAUACUAACUAUAGCCAAGGCCCUAUUUGUAGACCUGGUAGAGCACCUUACUACUGCCAAAGUGCUAUAGAUGAGCCACUAUAGGGCAAAAACAGCCCUAUGUGUUGUAGAGAAUGUUGCUACUGUUUUGGAUGAGGAAGUUCAGCUAUGGUGAGAAACUAAUGAUGAGCCCAUGCCCCUUGGAUCAUGUAACAAAACCAACAUUAAAAACAAUGCAAAACCUCAAACCCAUGACUGUUUUGACCAGACCAGACCUGGCCCAGUGACAGUGGACUAAUGUGGUCUGUGAGUGGCCUAGUGGCAGUGGUUUGAUUUGAUCCCUCUGUUUCUCCCGUCUCCAGAGGAACCACAUGAAGGAGCCCAGGGAGGCGUUCAACCUGAACCGUGUCAUGGCCAAGCCUGAACACACCUGUAGGAUCAUGGACUUCAGCCCCAUGGAGCAGGUGCACCUGGUCAGCCUGCGCCAGUAAGUGUGUGUGUGGAUGGACAUCCUGUAGUCUAAUGAUUUACAUCAACACUUAUUAUUAUAUUAUUAUUAACCUUCAAUUCAUUAUAUUUAAAUAUUUUCUAUCAAAAUUAAGAGAACCCAAUGAAUACAUUUAUUAAAUUAAAUUGUAUUUUUCAAAUUAUCUUUCUCAAAAAUGUUUGUAUAUUGUCCCAUAUAAUAAUCUGUAUUCUUAAUUGUUUGUUUGGGGUGACCCCACUGCAAUUCCCAAGCGACCCCACUAGGGGUCACGAACCCGACUUUGAAUAGCACUGCUGUAGUGUGCGCGUGAAAGCCCUGUUGCAAAUGUGUGUGACGUUUUCAAUUCCAUUCAAGACAUCCGUUGGAAAGGACGUAUGUUUGUUCCAGUUUGUAACCUUGCGGUCUUACCUAUAGGAGCAUCAUUAAUGCCCCGUUAUUCAGAAGAUACCAUGACAUCCAACCUGGACAGAUUGUUCAGGUAAGAUAUUUUAUAUUUUUAGUUUCUCUCUCUCUCUCGCACAACACCUCUGAAAGGUCUUCAAAAAAAGAUACCACAUUAGCCCAUUAAAGCACAAUUGUAAUAGAAUGUGUGUGUGUGUGUAGGGUUGCAAAAUUCUGGUAACUUUCCUAGGUUUUCUAGAAAUCCAGGUUGGGGGAUUCCAGAUUAUUUGCUCCAGAUUCCAGGAACCUUCCAACUGGAAUUUCUGGAACACUAGGAAUGCACAAUUCCCAGGUUGUGUGUGUUUAACAGAACUUGUCCUCCCUCUCUCCCAGGGCACAGUGACGUCCCUCCAGAGCCAUGGCAUGAUGGUGAAGGUGACAGACUACAUCAGAGGCCUGGUUCCCCGGACACACCUCUCUGACAUCAUCCUCAAGAACCCCGAGAAGAAGUACGCAGUGGGCAUGACCAUCAAGUGCCGGGUCAGUAGUGCUGUGUAACAUCUCACCUUUAGAAAGGGUCAACUGUGGUGACCUUUAACCUUGGCGAGCCAACCAUUUAUUAAAUAAACAGAUACUCAUUAUUUUUGUUGUUGCGGAUAUUAGCUGUGUUUGUGUGUGUACGGUGUAGGUUAAUCUAUCUAAUAAGUAGAUGAAAAAGCAUCUUGUUAACUUCGUGUGCUUGCUUGUCUGGUUUGCUGUUUAAGCCCUUAUUUCAAAAGUGUGUGUAACUGUGUCCCUCCCAUCUGUCUGUCUCAGGUGUUGUCGGUGGAUCCACAGGAGAAGAAGCUGACCCUAACCAGGAAGAGGGCCCUGGUAGACUCCACCCUCCCCCUGUUCCUGACCUACGAAGAUGCCCGCCGUGGUCGCGUCUCCCACGGUUUCAUCGUCUGCGUCAAGGACUUUGGCUGCAUCGUCCGUUUCUACGGCGAAGUCAAGGGGGUGGUGCCCCCCAACGAGCUCAGCACGGAGCCGGUGAUAGUUCCUGAGAACAUGUUCUACGUCGGACAGGUGAGGGGAAACAAAAUGGCUGCCUGGAACUUUUCUGUUUCUUGAUCAUUUUUAUGUGUUGUAGCUUUAUUAUUUGUAUGUGUUCAACUUGUGAUAUAGGCUAAUUGUCCUCUUGAAUAACUUUGAAGUAGCCUACUGACAGCUCUUGAACUUUGACACAUAAAACAGUCACUUUAAGUAAAGUUCUUCCACCAGUUUGUCUUGCCGGUGUCAGAAAAGGUUGUACUUCUGUUUCAAACUUCUGUAUCAAAACAGGGAAGUUUAGACAGGCAGCCAAAUUCUGAUCUCUUUUUCACUAAAUGGUAUUUUGCCCAAUCAGAUCUGAAAAAGAUCUGAUGUGAUUGGUCAAAAUACCAAUUAGUGGAAAAAAUAUCAGAAUUGGGCUGCCUUUCUAAACGCAGUCUUAAUGGCUACCUUGGUUCUCUGUUCUAUUCAGGUGGUGAAGGCUAAAGUGCUGAACUGUGAUGUGGAGAAGGAGAAGCUCCUUCUGUCCUUCAAGGCAGUGGCAGGAGGAGACACUGAGGGACCGCCUAAAACCAAGUUUGACUUUGAGGUUGGGAAGGUAGGAAAAUGGCAGCACAUCCUUUCAUAUUGUUAACACAUAUAAUCAUAUUUUUUUUACAAAUUCAGAAAUGGUCUCUCUUUAAAUAGUUGCAUGUUCUAUGCAGUUGUUAAAUGUUUUAGGUUAAUCUCGGUUGUUAGCUUGGAGUCUAAACUGAUCUUUGCAUUCUGUUUUUGUCUUUUUAUUGUUUUAGAAAGUGGAGGUUAAGGUGGUGAGUAAAGUCCUUACCGGUUUGGAGGUGUCCAUUCUGCCAGAGGAGACCACCGCCUUGCUACCCACGAUGCACUUCUCCGACCACGUGUCCAACUGCCCAUUGCUGUGGGAGGGGCUGCAGGAGGGUGACAUCAUCUCUAACAUUGUCUGCCUCAGCAAGAACAGACAGAAUAUUGUAUCCUUUUCAUACUCUUUUAAACUUCAGAUUGUUCACUUACCUUCACACAUUGAUUUCAGACACAAAGUCGAAAACGUAACAGAACACUCAUAAGUGUGGCUGAAUGUUGUGUUUGUCUCACCAUUGCUGUUGGCUGUCGUGGUUGGUUGUGUUUUCCACCUAAGGCCUGUGUUUAGAAUGUAAUGGCUAUACCAAGGAAACGACUACCUCAUACUAAAGGACAUCAUAACCACUUUUCACUUGUACAACCACUUAGUACCUUAACCCUGCCUGUCUCAAGACCCUGACCAAAAAGCCCACUGUAAAGUCAGUCCUGGAGGAGGGGGACGUGGUGGCUAAGGAGUUCUCUGACAUCACAGUUGGGAUGCAGCUGAUUGGCUGGGUCAAGAACAUCAUGCCCUAUGGAGUGUUUGUGGAGUUCCCCUAUGGCCUGGUGGGCCUUGCCCCUAAAGCGGUGAGUUAGUAGGGAAGGAGUUACUAGUGAGCGUUAAUGAGAGUUAGUGUGAGUUAGCCACAGGCAAUUGGAGUUAGUGGGAGUGCUAUGGCAUUAGUGGGAGGACAUUGGAAUUUAGUAAGAGUUAAUGGGAGCCAAUGGGAGUUAGUAGGGGUCAAUGGGAAUUAGUUGGCUAAGAAUAUAUUAUGCAUUUUAAGUUUGUUGAAAAGGUGUAAUCACUGUGACAAAGAUCCACAAGGAUCUGAAGCUCAAUCAUAUGGUGGACCAAAGAAAUACAGUCGGAACAGAUUUUCUUUCAGGAUUCCUCUCUAUGUAGAAUUUAUGCAGCUCACCUCUCCUUUCUCCUUCAAAUCAUUAAUAUUGUCUAAAGUCCAUUAGUAUAGAAGAAUUUAUAUUGACAUACUCUUUCUCCUCUAGGCCAUGAGUGACAAGUUCGUCAGCGACACGGCUGCUCACUUCCUGCUGGGCCAGACGGUGGUUGCCAAGGUGACCAACCUGGACGAGGAGAAGCCCAGGUUCCUGGUCAGUCUCAAGGUGUCAGAAGUCACCUCCUCUGAGAGAGACAGCCAGGCCAGGCUGAUCCGAGGCCUGCAGGAGAGGAAGGCCGUGAUGGAGAUGAUGGCAAGCAGAGGUACCUGUGUUGAGUUAGAACGUUGUCAACUGCUCUAGGAACUAUUACUUUUCUUACAUUCGCUAAAUUCCCUUUUCCUAGUAGGUUAAAAAGAGCUAUUCCAAUCAAGUUGGAUCAAAUGUAUAAUGCUAAGAGUUACCUUUAACUCUCGCUCAUUUCAUGUUCCUCCUCUCUCCUCCCCCUGUCUCUGACAGGUGACUCUGACCUGCUCAAGCAGCUGUCUGCGGUGACCAUAGGCCAGAAGAUGAAGAUGAGCGUAGAUGAGGUGAGGGAGGACGGGAGUGUCACCUUCAAGUCAGACGAACUCAGCGCAGCCACCGUACUGGCCAACAAGGACCAUGCGCCGGGUGAGUAUUCACUAUCCGUCCAAUCAGGGUUGGGCUCAAUCCCCUUUCAAUUCAGUCAAUUCGGGAAGAGAAUUCAAAUGACAAUUGACUACAUUUAAAUGGAAUUGACCCUGCACCCAUUGGAACUUCCAUUCUUUACUCUUCUACCAGACAUAACAUGGGGAAUGUUUUGACUGUUAGACCUUAGUCAUCGUGAUUAACCCAAUAAUAGAGCUUUGUUUACCCUUCUACCAGACACAACAUGGGGAAUGUUUUGACUGUUACACCAUAGUCAUAAUGUAAACUAAAUGUGUGUAAUGUUUCAGGUAAAUUGGUGAUGGGACAGAAGUGCAUGCCGGUAGUCCUCCACAUUGACCUCUUGACCUCUCAAGUCUACGUGUCCCUCUUGGUUGAACUGACCGGCAAGAGGAAAGAGGUGAGUGAUAGGCUGCAUCUCAAAUGACACCCUAUUUCCUAUAUAGUGCAAAAAAAAAUUGACCAGGGCCCGUAGGACUCUAGUUAACCUCUAUGGGAUCGGUGUCCCGUAUACGGGAUGGUUGAGCUAACGUGCGCUAAUGUGAUUAGCAUGACUGUUGUAAGUAACAGCAAACUUUCCAGGACAUAGACAUGUCUUCUAUUGGCAGAAAGUUUAAAUUCUUGUUAAUCUAACUGCACUGUCCAAUUUACAGUAGCUAUUACCGUGAAAAAAUACCAUGCUAUUGUUUGAGGAGAGUGCACAACAACAACAAACUUAUUACGGCAACUGGUUUGAUACAUUCACCUCUGAAGGUAAAUAAUGUACUUACAUUCAGUAAUCUCGCUCUGAUUUGUCAUCCUAAGGGUCCCAGAGAUAAAAUGUAGCAUAGUUUUGUUGGAUAAAAUCAAGUUUUAUAUUCAAAUGUAGGAACUAGGUUCUACAGUUUGAACCCUGCUGUCUCUGGCUCCACACCCACCUCGCUCGGCCAUCUAGAUGUGUGAAAGUUAGUGUAUAAGCUAAUGAUCCAUCAUGUAUGACAUUCCUGGGAGUGUGUAAACUUACAUUUUGUAUUACUAUAUCAUUUUUAUAUGUUCUCUAUAGUUAUAUACUUGAAAAUGUAUCAAUUGACCAAUUUGGCACAUUUGGGCGACUUGAUACAAAAUAGUCCAGUAUUGUAAUGCUUCACUGGAUCAAUCUGAAAUUUUGUGGUUGGGAGGCUGAAAAGUCAAUAGUGGAUAAUGUGGCUUAAUCUGGUAUAUAUGGGCAACUGUUCAAUACAAUAGAUCUGUAUUAUCCCUCAAGUGGAAACUCCCUGCAUCCUUAUGGACUAACCAAUCUUUUACACUUUGAAAAGCCUUAAUCUUGAUAGUUCAUAAAGUCAUAAUGAUUUUUUUCCUCACUGUGUCCUUAUAGGUGGAGGCAGGGUCCACACACACUGCCACAGUGCAGCACGCCGACCGCGACUUCGCCGUCAUCUCAUUGGGCGAUACGGGUCAACUGACAGUCAUCCAAACCACCAAUCACCCCAACGAGACUUUCCGCUUUGACUCGGAGAAACUGACCGCCGGUAAAACCCUGACGAUCACUGUCACCGAAUCCUGCUGCGAGGAACUAGAAGGGCUCCCCCUAGUGUCCUGGGAACUCGCCGCGCCCAAACGUGAGAGGUUAAUCUCUGACUCCAAGGGGUCAAAGGGCACAUAUCGCUACGGCGAUGUGGUCAAGGGAAAGGUGAAGACAGUGAAGCCUACGUGCGUGCUGGUGACGCUAGAUGACGGGAGCACGGGGUGCGUGCACGUGUCGGAGAUACAGGAAGUGGUGUGCGUGGGAACGUUCCCCACGUCCCUCCUCAAGAUAGGAAGUGAGGUCACCGCCCGGGUCAUCGGAGGACGGGAGGGCAACAGUCACAGGUAAGGAUAACAAUGACUAGGUAUCCCCCUUUCCUUUCCUUUCAAUAUAGUAACAUAUUUAGGAGAUUUAAGUAGACACAUUUUUAUAUAGUUUGAUCAUUUGAAGGAUAUUUCAGAAUUUAUAGGUAUUCUCUGUUUUAAAUAUUUGCGGUAUUUCAGAGUUGCAAAUGAAAUAAUAUUGUCUUUCUUUUUUAGGUUCUUGCCGUUCUCCCAUCCCAACUUCACUUACUCCAUGCCUGAACUCACACUUCUUCCCAGGUAAAUGUUCUGAACAUUUUAAAAAACGUAUUCUGUUAUUAUAGUGCCUUUUUGGUUUCUUGUUAUAUAAUCUUUCCCUCUCUGGUCAUAGUAAGCUGAAAGAAGAUGCAGAUGUUAAGCCUGUCAAGACCAAACAGAAGCUGAAGAGUUAUCAGGUCGGAGACAACGUCAUUUGCUUUGUGUCAAAGGUGAGUUUGAACAAAAGUUAAUCAAAGUUAAGUAACUUGUUAUACAGUAUGUGUGAAACAUGUUUAGUAGUAGUACUGUAGUACUAGUUGUGUUAAACGUGUAUGUGUGUGUAUUUCUUCCUCAGUACUUUCCAGAGAGGAAGUGUCUAGAAGUGACCACUGGUCCCUCAGUAACUGGAACUGUUGAACUACUGGCCAUGACCUCUGACCCUAAAGUAAGUUUUAUAUACACUUAAUUCAAUGUUUUUCUAAUUCCUUCUAUGGGAAAUUCCCUCAAUGACCUCUACAUUUUUGUAAAGCUGCAAAAUGAAGAUGGUGUCAUCCCUCAGUUGUCCCUUAUACUGUAUGGAUCUGUAUUCACCCUAAUUGGUUUACUAAAAUAUACACUACCGUUCAAAAGUUUGGGGUCACUUAGAAAUGUCCUUGUUUUCCAUGAAAACAUACAUUAAAUGAGUUUGAAUAGGAAAUAUAGCAAAAUGCAUAGGAAAUAAUGAUUUUUAAUAGAAAUAAUAAUUGUCCUUCAAACUUUGCUUUCAUCAAAGAAUCCUCCAUUUGCAGCAAUUACAGCCUUGCAGACCUUUGGCCUUCUAGUUGUCAAUUUGUUGAGGUAAUCUGAAGAGAUUUCACCCCAUGCUUCCUGAAGCACCUCCCACAAGUUGGAUUGGCUUGAUGGGCACGUCUUACGUACCAUACGGUCAAGCUGCUCCCACAACAGCUCAAUAGGGUUGAGAUCCGGUGACUGUGCUGGCCACUCCAUUAUAGACAGAAUACCAGCUGACUGCUUCUUCCCUAAAUAGUUAUUGCAUAGUUUGGAGCUGUGCUUUGGGUCAUUGUCCUGUUGUAGGAGGAAAUUGGCUCCAAUCAAGCGCUGUCCACAGGGUAUGGCAUGGCGUUGCAAAAUGGAGUGAUAGCCUUCCUUCUUCAAGAUCCCUUUUACCCUGUACAAAUCUCCCACUUUACAACCACCAAAGCACCCCCAGACCAUCACAUUGCCUCCACCAUGCUUGACAGAUGGCAUCAAGCACUCCUCCAGCAUCUUUUCAUUUGGUCUGCGUCUCACAAAUGUUCUUCUUUGUGAUCCGAAUACCUCAAACUUCGAUUCGUCUGUCCAUAACACUUUUUUCCAAACUUCCUCUGUCCAGUGUCAUUGUUCUUUUGCCCAUCUUAAUCUUUUCUUUUUAUUGGCCAGUCUGAGAUAUGGCUUUUUCUUUGCAACUCUGCCUAGAAGGUCAGCAUCCCGGAGUCGCCUCUUCACUGUUGACGUUGAGACUGGUGUUUUGCGGGUACUAUUUAAUGAAGCUGCCAGUUGAGGACAUGUGAGGCAUCUGUUUCUCAAACUAGACACUCUAAUGUAUUUGUCCUCUUGCUCAGUUGUGCACCGGGGCCUCCCACUCCUCUUUCUAUUCUGGUUAGAGCCAGUUUGCGCUGUUCUAUGAAGGGAGUAGUACACAGCGUUGUACGAGAUCUUCCGUUUCUUGGCAAUUUCUCGCAUGGAAUAGCCUUCAUUUCUCAGAACAAGAAUAGACUGACGAGUUUCAGAAGAAAGUUAUUUGUUUCUGGCCAUUUUGAGCCUGUAAUCGAACCCACAAUUGCUGAUGCUCCAGAUACUCAACCAGUCUCAAGAAGGCCAGUUUUAUUGCUUCUUUAAUCAGCACAACAGUUUUCAAUUGCAAAAGGGUUUUCUAAUGAUCAAUUAGCCUUUUUAAAAUGAUAAACUUGGAUUAGCCAUUGAUAACACAAUGUGCCAUUGGAACACAGGACUGAUGGUUGCUGAUAAUGGGCCUCUGUACGCCUAUGUAGAUAUUCCAUUAAAAAUCAGCCGUUUCCAGCUACAAUAGCCAUUUACAUCAUUAACAAUGUCUACACUGUAUUUCUGAUCAAUUUGAUGUUAUUUUAAUGGACAUAAAAAUUGCUUUUCUUUCGAAGACAAGGACAUUUCUAAGUGACCCCAAACCUCUGAACAGUAGUGUAUAUAUUUUUUUUCUUCAGGAUGCCAAACACCCAGAGAAGCUGUUCAAGCUGGGCCAGGCGGUCAGUGCAAAGGUGGUGACAGUCAGCUCCUCCAAGCCCUCACGCCUCUCAUUGUCUCUCACUGGUAAGAACAUAAAAUAAUUGUUUAAAUAAAAAAACAACCCUCUUCUAACCGUCAAUACAGUGAAUAUAAGACCCUUCCAACCAUCAAUAGUACAUUGAAUAUUACAUCAAUACAUUGAAAAGAGGCCCUUCUAAUCAACAAUACAGAAAUAUAAAUGUAUAACCAACUUCUAAACUUUGAACCAUCAAUUCAGACAUGUCAACUCACCAUUUACAGCUCUCUCGCUAUGUUGUGGUUGCAUUUACUCACUCUAAUGUUGGUUGUCAAUCAUUGUCAGGUGUACACAAGUUGGAGAAGGGCAGUGUAAUCAUGGGGUUGGUGCAGAAGCUAGAUCCCAACCUGGGUCUGCUGGUGAAGCUGCCAUUCAGCGCCAUGGGAACGGUUGCCGUGGAGGACCUGGCCGACAACUAUAAGCCAAAACCUCUGGAGCCGUACAGCAAGGAUCAGCUGGUCAGGUCAGUGGCACACUUUAAACCUGGGUUAAAGGCUAACUGAACCAGGCUAAAAGUUAGUCAAGUUAACAAGUUAAAAUGGUUUUGGAGUGUUAACUGUAAAGCUGGACUUUAUUUAUGUAAUUCUUCAAGUUCUUUCAAGGUUAUACUAAAAGUAACUUAAUGUUUUUGUUCUUUCUCUAGGUGCUGCGUUGUAGGCGAGGAGAAAAGCAAUUGGCAGUUGUCCCUCCGCCCUUCGAGGUAUGAUUCCUUCUCAGACUUGGUUUUCAUGGACAAAGUGAAUUGAAGAGUUCAAGUGUAUUAGGAAAUGACUCCCAAAGCAAUAACGACACCCUAUUCAACCCUAUACAUUUCUCACAUCAUUCUUCUCCUCUUUUCUACUGGUCCAUUCAAACUAUAAUCAUAUCUUAUGUAAAGCGCUUUGAGCACUGAAAAAGUGCAUUAUAAAUGAAUCAUUUGUAUUAUCUUUCAGGAUGAACCCAGAGAAGGCCUCAGUAGUGGACCCAGAGAUUGUGUCUUUAGACGACCUGACAGAGGGCCAGAUCAUCAGAGGCUAUGUGAGAACUGUCAAUGCACAGGGAGUCUUUGUUAGGUAACUCAGUCCACUAUCCCUUUAUAGAAACUAACCCCGUUAUUAAACAUUUACAUACCUUUAUAUAUAAUGUCCUGGAAAGAUAUGAAACGAUGAAUGAAAAAUAUUGCCAUAUUCUCCUUUUCUCAUUACAUGUUAUACAUGUAAGGUAUUCAUUACUUCUGUAUUAUACUUAGACAAUAUAUCUCAGAUUCACAGUCCCUUUAGUAUACAUUUACAAUGGUCUGGGAAGAUAUGAAAUGAUCAUGCAGCUUUUUCCUGAAGAUCGAUUAUGAAAACCCAACGUAGAAAAGCUGCUGCUAUGGUAAUGCAGCUAAUUGGAAAUGUUGCGUUUUGUUUUUGACAGUUUGUCUAGAUCCAUAAAGGGCAGAGCCCAGUUCCAGAAGGCCACCAAGUACUUUGUGGCUCGCCACCAAGACUAUGCCAAGAAAGUACCACAGACCACACUGCUCACCACGAAGGUCCUCAGGUAAGACCCCCCCCCCACAAUCUGUUGGUACAACCCCACCACCACUGCUAGGGGAAUGGUCCGGAAGGGCCGACCCAUCUCAUUCUAGAAUAGGGGUGUUCCAUAAAACAAGGAAGUUGUUAGACAAAUGUUUUUGGUCACUUUGUGGUUUACAUUUUUGCAUAAUAACCUAUAUUUAUUUGUUUUAUUGAACAUGUUUGUGACCCACACGGUUAAUAUGGCGCAAACGAGCGCCAAUGUGUAGGAGUUUUUAGUUUUCUACAUUUAGGUUUUUAACACAAAUGUGUUGUUCCUCUCAGCAUCAACAAAGAAAACGGGCUGGUAGAUCUGUCUCUGCUCCAAGAGGAUACUGGGAAACCAGACGUGCUCCCAGAAUCCCUGGGGCUGCAUCUACGCCUGACAGGAGAGGCCAAGGAGAAGCGUGAUGUCAUCAAGAAGAGGAAACACACAGAGUCAGAAAGCAAGCAGGUGAGUCUAUUUAUCCCCCUUUUCUUAAUACAAGGUAACCUAACGUAGUAGGCGUAAAAGUAACGCCUGAGCGGGCUCACCACAUCCAGUUUUCAGAGGAAAAGGAAGCUACGUUGGAGAUACUGUAUCCCUGAAAACCGGAUGUUUCCAUUUUCUAGUGACCCCACUGAGGGUGAAUACAAGCUAAUCCUUUUUAGUUUGAGUAGACAAAGUGAUACGACACCUGCAACAAGAAAACUGAGAUGUGCGAGUGCUUUUUAUAGUUUUUUUAUACAGGUGAUAAAAUUGAGAUGAUAAGCUAUUUUAAAGGGGAACCUGUCCUCUUCCAUUACAUUUACAUUUUAGUCAUUUAGCAGACGCUCUUAUCCAGAGCGAUUUACAGGUAGUGAGUGCACACAUUAUCUUUUUUUAUUUUUCAUACUGGCCCCCCGUGGGAAUCAAACCCACAACCCUGGCGUUGCAAACGCCAUGCUCUACCAACAUCUCUGCCGGCCAUUACCUCCCCUACCCUGGACGACGCUGGGCCAAUUGUGCGCCGCCCCAUGGGUCUCCCAGUCGCGGCCGGCUACGACAGAGCCUGGAUUCGAACCAGGAUCUCUAGUGGCACAGCUAGCACUGCGAUGCAGUGCCUUAGACCACUGCGCCACUCACUGAUACUAAUACUACUACACAGAAUGGCGGAAGCACUGAUCACUAUAUAACUUGGAUUACCCUAGCAGUUUGACUGGGGACUGGAAUGUCUAAUCCAUAUAAUCACUUAUCUUCUGUCUUAAUGUAGGGACCUGCAGAGAAAGUUUCCAAGAAGAAGAAGACUAAGAAGAAGGGGAAAGGGGAGGACAGUGACAGCGGAGUGGAGGUGUACUUCAGAGAAGAAGAGGAGGAUGACGAGGAGGAGGAAAAGAAGUCAGAGCCUGCGGAGGUAGUGAAGCCUGUUCCAGUGCAACCAGCCAGACUGCAGGUGACCGGAGGGUUCUCCUGGGAUGCAGCGCUGAGUGCCCUGAAACCAGCCUCCGCUGCCCUGGGGGCAGAAGACUCCAGCGAUAGGGAGGACGACGAGGUGAAGACUAAGGUAAGGAGUAAUGCUGGGCUUGUACUAUGAGUGGCACCUACUAAAGGAAAUCACUUAGUAAAGGAAUGUUUGCAUUGCAUUUACUAUGAGGGUUAUAAUGGCUGUACAGCCUCCAAAAUGUUCAUGGAGGUGUAUGUUCGACUUCUCCCUUGGAUUAUUUCUAGUACUGGUGUUGUUCUUAUGACCUUUCUCUCUGUAUCUCUCUUUUUCCUCCUUCUCCUCUUUAACUGCCACUUUCUUCUAAUCCUUUCCUUCUUUCUUUCUUUCCUUCCUUGCUUUCAUCCCCCUCUUCCACCCAGCCUCAGAAGAAGUCUCGCCACGAGCAGGAGGUAGAGAAGCGGGAGGCUGAGAAGGCCCUGACCAAGCUGGAGACGGAGCUGAUGGACCCAGGCCUGCGACCCCAGACGGCGGCCAGCUUUGAGCGCCUGCUACUCAGCUCCCCUGACAGCUCUCUGCUCUGGCUGCAGUUCAUGGCCUUCCACCUGCAGGCCACACAGAUAGAACAGGCUAGAGCGGUGGCCGAGAGAGCCCUGAAGACUAUCUCCUUCAGGUUAGUGGUGGGGAAAGGUGUGUGUGUGUGUUCAUAACACGCUCCUUAGAUCCACCUCUGGAGGGUUCUCCUGUGCUGGUGCUGUCGUCUCUCUCUGCGUGCUGCAGCUCCAGCCUGGAGGCCCUCAGCAGCUUUCUGGCUGGACAGUUGGAGGUGCUUGAGUCAUUGGUGUGUGAGAGCAGUCUACCUGCCCCCCCCAGCCCCCCUGCUGCACUGGCAACCCUCAGUCCUGCUGGGGGGGACUCUACCAGCGCAGCUAGGAUGGGGGGCGGACAACACAAAGAAGAAGAAAGCGGGUCCUGUGGGUGGGUUGGCGUGGGGGAUAUGAAUGUGUUGAUUAGGGCUGGGUGGUAUACCAUAUUUUACGAAAUACUGGUAUUGAUGCACGGACUGGUUUGGGUGUUUACUUUGCCUUCUAUAACGGUAUUUGAAUGUUUGAUUUGUUAAAUGGGAUACGCCUUGUGUAACGUCCAUUUUUAUAGUUUACUUCGCUACUUGGGUCAUCUCUUUCCGCUCUCUCUCUCUAUACCACUUUCCACAGACCUAGCCCCGCCCCCUGUCACUCAAGGAGCACAUUUGUUUACCACGAGACACUUGCGUUCAGUCUGCAUUGGUUAAAAAACAAUGUUGAUGACAACGAUGCUGUUUUUUUCACUUUGCUUAAUAUAAAUCCACUAGCAUUCUAUAAUUACACUUAAGUUUGUUUCUUACAUCUGCAAACAGCUAGUUUGUCUUUUCUUAAUCUUGUUAGCCGCUAAUGCUAAUCUCCAGUUAGCUGGCUAGCUAAUGAAUGUACUGAGUCAGAGCAAAUGUAACUAGCUAUAUAGCCUGAUAAUACCAGAAGAUUAUAGGGUCCCCUAGGAAACUUGUCAACACUUUGGUUCCUACCCUGUCACAGUAACUCCUUCCUGGCAUUUCCAUUUGUUGUCAUGUCAAACAACACUAUUCAAAGUGCCCACUAUUAUAUUCUAACUAUAGAAUUAGAAUAAUCCAUUCUAUUUCCAUGACUCCAACAGUUCACCCAAGUGUUUUGCUCUAAAUCACAAGUCAAAUCGCAAUUGCAACAUUUGGUAAAAAAUAAGGCCUAGAUUGUUAACCCAUAUCAUGCAACCCUAUGUGGCAGUGUGGAAAUGGUCUGAAAUGAGUGCAGGAAAUGCAGAAAUUGAUAAAUGCUGCACAUUAUUUUUGGUUGAAUUGAACAGUAUAACACAAUCAGAAUAGAGAAAGACCCAUUGAAAUCACUUAGAAUGUAUGUGUUGCCACCCUAGGGUCACGCACUACUCAUAAAGCAAAUGUAGAACGUUUAUAAUGCAAAAACAUAAAAUACCGUCAUAACAUAAUUGUUUUAAAAUACAGUGAUAUUAUAUUUUGGCCGUAUCGCCCAGCCCUAGUGUUAAUUGUGUGUAAAGUCCGUGUCCUGUCUGUCAUCAAAUAAUUUCUCAUAGAGAAGGAAAGAGGGGGUGGGUGUAAAACGUGUGUAUUUCUGGAUGUAUUCUAUAACACGUCUGUAUUCUCCCUCAGAGAAGAGCAGGAGAAGCUGAAUGUUUGGGUGGCUCUGUUGAACCUUGAGAACCUGUAUGGGACAGAGGAGAGUCUUCAGAAGGUGUUUGAGCGGGCCGUGCAGUAUUGUGAACCCAUGCCUGUCUACCAGCAACUGGCUGACAUCUACGCCAAGUGUCAGAAGACUAAGGUAGCUAAUACCAGGGCUCACACACAUUCAUUAAAACGGCUAACAUUCCUCAAUGAAAAAAGUGAUAUACUUCACGUAUUUACUCGGAUCGUAUUAGAGCACAUUAGAUGUUGUAUUGUGAGUUUUUUUUCCUGAGCUUCUUGUAAGUUUUCUGUUAUUGAAUGGUCCUGCUAUCUCACUGUUUGUACCGGUGUGGUGUAGGUUCUCAUAAAUUGUGUGUAUCUGUGUGUGUAGGAGGCGGAAGGUCUGUAUAAGACCAUGGUGAAGCGGUUCCGUCAGGAUAAGGCUGUGUGGCUGAGCUAUGGGACCUUCCUGCUUCAGCAGGGUCAGAGUGACGCGGCCAACGCCCUGCUACAGAGGGCCAUCAAGAGCCUGCCUAUCAAAGACAGUAAGACCCCUGUUAUUACCUUUAGGACCAUUACACACCUUUUGGGACCCCCAUACCUCAACACUUGCCCUAUUCGACCUCUAGCUCCCAUCCCUCCUCUGGACACUGGGUUGGAUAGGUGUAAGCAAGAUGGUAAUAGCUCCAACUUGUGGAAUUUUGGCUGUAUUGCUUACGCCAAUCCUUCCUGUCCCGAUUCUACUCAGUCCGUUGAUCUUUCAACAGAUCUACUCACCAAGUCAUUUUCCAGGUUGACAGCUCUUAGUACCUUUUGUCAUAGAGUCAAAAGGUACUAACACCUUACUUACAGUAUCUCCAUGUUAACCAUCCACCUUCUCCCUCCUCCUCUUCUUCAGAUGUGGAUCUGAUAGCUAAGUUUGCCCAGCUGGAGUUCCGCUACGGAGACGUAGAGCGAGGAAAGACCAUGUUGGACAAGAUCCUGACCAGCUACCCCAAACGCACCGACCUGUGGUCCGUCUUCAUAGACCUCAUGGUCAAACACGGCUCCCAGAAGGAAGUCCGGUGAGUGGGCCGACGGCACCUCACUGGUUUUGUUUUGUUCAUGAAAUUACGUCGAAAUAGCCUGAUCCCAGGUCUGUUUGGCAUGACAAUGACCAUGGGAGUUGGAAAUAAAGCACCAACACAUCUGGGACCAGGCUAACCUGGUAAUAUUUCAUUUAUGAAAACAUGUAAUAUUUGAAUAUUAAAUAUUUAUCAACUUUAGUAUAUAGGAAACAUGUACAUGUAAGUUCUUCACCACCUCAACUGCCAAACUUGUAUUCACUCAUUUGACUUUGGUAACACAUAACUAGUCAUGAAUUGAGGUAUUAUUGGGGACAUAUGCUAGCUACCAUAUACAGUGCAUUCUGAAAGUAAAGAACACAACUACCCUGUCUGGGACACUCAGUUCUCACCCUAUGGGUACUACUUUAUCUCUUGGGGACAUGACGGAGUCGCUCGGUAAGAACCCUUAUUAAUAAUUAUUAUUAAUACAGUGCAUCCUUUUUCCACAUUUUGUUACGUUACAGCCUUAUUCUAAAAUGGAUUAAAUAAAUGAAAAUCCUCAUCAAUCUACACACAAUACCCCAUAAUGACAAAGCGAAACAAGUUUUUAGAAAAUGUUGCACAUUUACAUAAGUAUUCAGACCCUUUGCUACGAGACUCGAAAAUUGAGCUCAGGUGCAUCCUGUUUCCAUUGAUCAUCGUUGAGAUGUUUCUACAACUUGAUUGGAGUCCACCUGUGGUAAAUUCAAUUGAUUGGACAUGAUUUGGAAAGGCACACACCUGUCUAUACAAGGUCCCACAGUUGACAGUGCAUGUCAGAGCAAAAACCAAGCCAUGAGAUCGAAGGAAUUGUCCGUAGAGCUCUGAGACAGUAUUGUGUCGAGGCACAGAUCUGGGUAAGGGUACCAAAACAUUUCUGCAGCAUUGAAGGCCCCCAAGAACACAGUGGCCUCCAUAAUUCUUAAAUGGAAGAAGUUUGGAACCACCAAGACUCUUCCUAGAGCUGGCCGCCCGGCCAAACUGAGCAAUCGGGGGAGAAGGGCCUUGGUCAGGGAGGUGACCAAGAACCCGAUGGUCACUCUGACAGAGCUCCAGAGUUCCUCUGUGAGAACGUUCCAGAAGGACAACCAUCUCUGCAGCACUCCACCAAUCAGGCCUUUAUGGUAGAGUGGCCAGACGGAAGACACUCCUCAGUAAAAGGCACAUGACAGCCCGCUUGGAGUUUGCCAAAAGGCACCUAAAGGACUUUCAGACCAUGAGAAACAAGAUUCUCUGGUCUGAUGAAACCAAGAUUGAACUCUUUGGCCUGAAUGCCAAGCGUCACGUCUGGAGGAAACCUGGCACCACCAUCCCUACGGUGAAGCAUGGUGGUGGCAGCAUCAUGCUGUGGGGAUGUUUUUCAGCGGCAGGGACUGGGAGACUAGUCAGGAUCGAGGGAAAGAUGAACGGAGCAAAGUACAGCGAGAUCCUUGAUGAAAACCUGCUCCAGAGCGCUCAGGACCUCCUUGAGUGGCUCAGCCAGAGCCUGGACUUGAACCCGAUCGAACAUCUCUGGGGAGACCUGAAAAUAACUAUGCAGUGACGCUCCCCAUCCAAACUGACAGAGCUUGAGAGGAUCUGCAGAGAAGAAUGGGAGAACCUCCCCAAAUACAGGUGUGCCAAGCUUGUAGCGUCAUACCCAAGAAGACUCGAGGCUGUAAUCACUGCCAAAGGUGCUUCAACAAAGUACUGAGUAAAGGAUCUGAAUACUUAUGUAAAUGUUAUAGUUCUGUUUGUUUUAAUUUUAUACAUUUGCUAACAUUUUAAAAAUCUGUUUUUGCUUUGUCAUUAUGGGGUAUUGUGUGUAGAUUGAUGAGGGGAAAAAAAAACAAUUUUAAUUUUAGAAUAAGGCUGUAACGUAACAAAAUGUGGAAAAGGUCAAGGGGUCUGAAUAAUUUCCGAAUGCACUGUAUGUCAUUGGAAGCAAGGUGUUUCCUGUCAUGUGACCUGAUCUAACUUCCUGUGUUCAGGGCUGUGUUUGACCGUGUGAUCCACCUGAGUGUAGCGGUGAAGAGGAUCAAGUUCUUCUUCAAGCGUUACCUGGAGUAUGAGAAGAAGAAUGGCACGCCAGAGAGCAUCCAGGCUGUCAAGGAGAAGGCCCUGGAGUAC